GAGUUGGCCGCCACAAUCCACUGGCAUAUUCUGCAGCUGCUCCCCCCUGGCUAGAGCACUUCCAGAGCCAGGUCCAUCUUCUUCUUGCCAGUCCUUUGUAUAAUACACGAUGGCUCAAGUCCCAGGAAGUCCAGAAGAGCCAAGUCGCAAUACCACCCUACCCUGGUCUGGCGACGGAGGAGAGAACCUUCUCGAAGCCAUACAGGCACUAGACACUUACAAGAAGAAAGAUCCAUCGAAAGUGGUCGUACGGUUCAAAGCAGUGGGGAAUGCUCCCAUCAUGAAGCAGAACUUUUACAAGAUCACGGCUGCCAAUCGAUUUCAGGCUGUUAUACAGUUUCUGAGGAAGGAGUUGGGGUGGAGGGCGGGUGAUCCGUUGUUCACGUACAUCAAUCUAGCAUUUUCGCCUGCUCCCGAUGAUACUGUCUCCAAUCUUUACAAAUCUUUUGCUACCGAGGGACAUCUGAUAGUGAAUUAUAGUACGACAGCGGCAUGGGGUUAAUCCGGUACUAGACAUCAAUGUUCAGGCAGACUGUUGAUCGCAGCACAGAUUCAUUUCACAACUAUAUUGCUUGACUCAAUCCUCGCCACUGAACGGCGAUUUGUACUCGUUCGAAGAACGUAUUACGGUACAUAUAAUAUCGAAAUCAUUUAGUCGACAUCGCACCAUGCAUCAACCUUGCGCAAGUCACAAUGAUAUCACAACACGACAGAAUGCGUCACAGUAUUCGUGCCUGAUCUACAUCUCACGAGCAUACCGUUCCAUCCAAAGGUUGUAAGCUCGCCAACGAAAGUAAAAUGGUCCCCGUGCAUAAAAUAAAGGCUACAUAUGAACAGCUAAACAGUAAAAUUUUACAGAUUUACAUAUAUGGUUACAUCUACAUUCGACUGGGCUUGAGCGGAAUCAUCUCGUUCUCUAUAACAAAGACCUCCUCUGAAUUAACCAUCGUACCCUCUUCCUCAUCGAGAGUGGGCAUAUCUUCUCGAGCCCACUGCAACAGCCUGAUCUCCCCCACACGAUAACCGCCUGGUCUGAUACAACUUUGGAUGUACCUAUGAAAUGGUGGUGGCAUUGAACUGAAAACAAUCCAGAAAAUACUUGCG